AUGAUGGAUUUAUUACAAGAAACAGCGGGAUAUGUGGACUCGAGCGACUACGAGUACCAGCCAUACGAUAUCUACGGCCCAAAAGAAGGUAAAUACAAGAGCGAAAAGAAAGGAUUGGGAAGUACGAAGUAUAACAUGGGUAACUACAACGAAUUCAAGUAUGGAUUGAAUGGAGGUAAAGCAAAUGUGUAUAAGAAGAGCCCCAAGGGGUCAGAGUACACAAGUAACGGAGGAAAGAGUAACAGCCGGAGUUCCAGCAACGUCACCAAUUUGUAUAUAAAUAGAGUCGCCAACAGUAAGCUGAACGGAGAUCUGUACAGUAAUAGCAGAAGCAAUGCCAAUAGCGAAACGAUAACAGCAGGGUGGGAAGACACAGUGUACAGAGCAAAGGCAGGAUUGAAGUCGCCGAGGUUCGGAAGGGAAGACCUGCCGAUAAAGGCAGAAGAUGCAGAGAAGUGGGUUACAGCCAGUAGAGGAGACGCUAGCACGAACAAGUUGACUAGAACUAGCAGAGAAAUGUUCAACAGCAUAGAGACGGUGGACAGCAUGACGCCAAUGAACGAGGCAACAAGCGACGCAGGAAGCGAAUUCAAGUGGUGGUGCAAGAGUGACGGGCUUAACGUGAGCAGCGUAGAGAGUCCCAGCGUGUACAACUGGGAAUCGUCGCUCAAUGCGAGAGAUGUCAUGGUCGUCAACAGCGGCAACGCAGGCGAGACCAGCAGCAAAGUAAGUGACGCCCACAAGGAAGUUGUUAGCAAUGGGCUGGCGGAUAAGAGCGAUCCAGUUACAGUUGAUACAACAGACUACCAAGCAGACGGAUCCGUGACAAGCGAAUUCACAGAAAGUCUCAGUGAAGACAACGGCGACGCCAAGCUGAGCAACACAGCCAACCAAGGCAACGUCAGUUGGAAGAGCUGGACAGUUGAAGGCAACGAGUUGGAGGAACUAAGGACAAGAUUGGUUCAAAAACUGCUAAACAAGACAACGCCAACGAGUGGCGCCUCGGCUGAUAGAGUUAAUGGCGAUGCAGCAAGUGAUAACGGUGGUGUAACGCUGGGAGGUAGUAGCCAAGAGUCCGGAUGGGAUGAGCUAUCGUACUACCGAGAAAUGAAUAAACUGCUCUUCGAAAAGCUUAAACUGGUGUUAAGUGGAUCGAGCAGGCUGGAGUACAACCUGAGUUAUGAAUACAUUACGAGUGUGCAAAACCACUUGCUCAAGGUGCACCAGUACAUCAACGGAAACACAGCAGCGGAACAAGUGGAAGGGGAAGCCGGACAAAAACAAUUGGAACAGGCCGUUGAUGCCACCAGUCGCACCACGAACCUCGACGAGAACAAGGGCGAAGGUAAUACCAAAAGCACGGAAACUGAAGGUCAGCUUGAUAAAAGCUUCUCCGUGGAAAAGGAGACAGGCAGGGAAGAGGAUCCCGAAAAGGUGGAACUUCUGGAGAAGCUCAAGGUGGUCCAGCAGAGCAAGGACAACUUGGAGGAGGACUUCAAGAAGACUUUGACGUACAUGAGGCUGAUGAAGGACCGACUGAAGAUGUUCAAGACUAACAGCACAGUGCAGCGUCAGAACGGAAGCACUCCAGUGACUGGAUUUAACGGAGUAAAUGCUCGCAAUGGCCCCGUAUCCAACGGGUACCCAGGAGGAUACGGCCAUAUAGGCAACACACAGCUUAAAAAUGUUUCAGGGGGUCAGGGAUUAGUUAACGGGCACUUAGCAAGAGCAAGCACUGCGACCGCCACAUCCCCAGUAAAUGUGACGCCACCCCUGGGACCAUACGCCAAGCUGAACCCAGUAAGUUCCCCGGGCAACAAUGUGGGCGUCGCUGAAAGGUGGAGCACGACACCGCCCAGAAGGAUUAACACGGCUUUCAAGAAGGCCAACAGCCCCGAAAAUGCAAAGGAGGGAGGAAUUCAGCGUAGCAACAGCUGCGUGAGGUUCAAUGAGACCAGCGAAAUGUACAUUGUGCCGAGGUCGCUGUCUGAGAACAAAACAAUACUGGUAAACAACACAGGAAACAAGCUAAACAGAUUCUUCAAAAUCUUUUCAAAAACGUGA